AUGAGUAUGCACAUAUAUCACGGUUCCAUGCGGGUAGGGAGGUGGAGUCUGGCUGCAUUGAUGAGUUGUAGCUUGUUAGCCCUUCAAGGCAAGUCGAAAGGCAAAAUAAGGAAAGGAAAAAAGGCGGGAGACGACUGGGUGAUUAUUUUUGGCUCUGGUUUUCACGUCGAAGGGAGCCACCCGGUUGGCAGAAGAGUUGACUGGCACCUAGACUUUUCGAAGAGCAAUUGUGGAAUGUUCCGUAACAAGCGUCUGAGUCCUUCUCCUCAAUCUUUUUGUCAGACACGCAUAAAAGAUUGGCUGCUCGGGGAUGUACGGGGUGUUCCAUACUGCUUUGCCUGA